AGAAGAAGAACAAGAAAACGUAACUUCCGACUUGUACUACCUCAAUUUUCGUCCGCAUCCUGGUUAGGCAUCCAAAUGAAAACACAGUCGCACUGAGGCGUGAACGUUGCUUUUAACCAUUGUUGGUUUAAAAUGGCUGUGGCCAUGAGCUCAACGUGUCCCGGCCUGUACUGUGGCAGGAUGAUGGUCAAUGGAUCCGUGGAGGGAGAGUGUGGUGUGUGUCCUCGUGGUGAGCGGGCUAACCUCCAGAAGGUAUGUGAACGCUGCAUUGAGUCCCCCGAGCUCUACGACUGGCUCUAUCUGGGAUUCAUGGCCAUGUUACCUCUGGUGCUGCAUUGGUUCUUCAUUGAGUGGUACUCUGGAAAGAAGAGUUCCAGUGCUCUGCUGCAGCACAUCACAGCCAUGUUGGAGUGCAGCGUGUCAGCUGUGGUCACUCUGCUGGUCACAGAGCCCGUGGGAAUGCUCAGUAUCCGCUCCUGUGGAGUCCAGAUGCUGUCUGACUGGUAUACCAUGCUGUACAACCCCAGUCCAGACUACAUCAACACAAUACACUGCACCCAGGAGGCCGUCUACCCACUCUAUACCAUUGUGUUAAUCUACUAUGCGUUCUGCUUGGUGCUGAUGAUGCUACUGCGCCCUCUGCUGGUGAAGAAGAUCGCCUGUGGUCUGGGUAAAUCUGACCGCUUCAAGAGCAUCUAUGCCGCUCUCUACUUCUUCCCCAUCCUCACCGUGCUGCAGGCUGUGGGAGGAGGACUGCUCUACUAUGCGUUCCCCUAUAUCAUCCUGGUCCUGUCUCUGGUCACACUGGCUGUUUACAUGUCUGCCUCCGAGAUACAGUCCUUUAAAAACCUGGUUGCUAAGAAGAAGCGUCUGGUCGUCUUGUUCAGCCACUGGCUGCUCCACGCGUACGGCAUCAUCUCCAUCUCCAGACUGGACAAGCUGGAGCAGGAUCUGCCGCUGCUGGCCCUCGUGCCCGGUCCUGCCCUGUUCUACAUCGCCACGGCUAAGUUCACCGAGCCCAGCCGCAUCCUGUCUGAGGGCGGCAACGGACACUGAGCCGGGUUCAACAGAAAGUAAAGUUGCUACAGUCAAAUCCAUCAGCUUCUAAUGCGUCAUUAAUAAUGGGUCAUUAAUAAUCCAGUGGGUUUUCAGUGGGCUUCACUCUCUGGCCUUUAGUGUGGUCAAACUAGCUCCACCAGUUAGUGGCCAUAUAGUGACAACAUCAUGAAGUUUUCAGUUGGAUGCUGAAGAACUAUCUCUGAUUAUCUAAACAGGACAGAUGGACACGACUGAACAGCAUCUUAUUUAAACUGUUAAAUACACAAACCUUCCCCUGGGAGGAAGACGCCAUGAAAACCAGCUCUUCACUCUUUCCACAGCCCAGGUUCAGAACUGCCCACUGAGCACUCAUUAACUGUUCACAACAUUUCUUGUCAGCAUGGUUGUAACUUAUGAUUCUAUUUAUUCUAAGUAGAUUAAUCUAUUAAUCAUUUUUAAUUAAUUCUGCUGUAAUCCAGAAAAGUAAGAACAAAUGCCAGUGACAGGUUUUUAAACACAGUCCAACGUGAUGUGUUCAGAUGGGCCAUUUAGUUUUACACAGUGUCCAAAUAAAUAAAGUCAGUUCAGAGUGAGAGAAGAGCAAAUCAGCAGAUGCUACCAGUGAAGAGGCAGUUCAUUUAUUAUUGAUACAUUUUCUGGAUUAAUUAUUCCCAUCUUACCUGUCUGCCUUAUAUUCAUUGACAUGUGCUGAGAGAUGUUUUUAGCAUGUUUGUGAAUGUUGUACAUGUUCCUGUAAAUACAGUAAAUGUAUAUAAAUGAAGACUGACUGGCCUGGUGACUCAGACCACCUCAGGUUUUGAUGAGGAGAUUCACCGGGCCUCAUGUAUUUAUAUCAAAGUGCAAUAGAAGCACACCACCUCAGACACAUCCAGCCUGGGGAGGGUCAGCCCUGCUAUCUGUCACAGUCACAGAGCUGAGCAGCCAUUUCCCUGAGAGCAAAAAACCUUCAGACCUUGAAAAGUCUGAAGGUUUUCCCAGAAUCCAAAGACUUGUCAGUCAUCUGUCUCAAAUGAUGGAAAUAAAGAUUUGUAAGCAGCUUUUUGAAGCGUUUUUUACAAAUCGAAAUCAGGACUGUAGCUGGAGCUGACACAUGACUUUGUUUGAUUUGCACAAAACUAAUUUAAAAAGUUGUAUUAACAUGUUUGUUUACACAUGACCGUAAAUAAGAGGCAGAGACGGGGUGAGAGGAGGAGAGACGUGUAAAUAGUGCCACCACGUGUGUAUUUUAGUGAACCUGGUUGUAUUUGUCCUACAGAUGAAAUAUGACAUACACAGAAACAGCUGGUUGUGUAUUUCGCUGUGUAUGUUUGUCAUCCUUGAACCAAGCUGUAAUCAUUCACACGGCCUUCAGUGGGUUUCUGAGUUGAAGCAGCUGAUGUACUGUACAUAUAUAUUACUGUAAAUAUAUGAAUGCUUGUAAAUGUUGUUCUGCAGUUAUGCUCACAAGCUCACAUUGCAGUGAGUAAAGCAGCAAUCCUUCCUGUUUGAUUUCACGCAACACCUGAUACUACAUGUUACACUACAAAUCUCCAGCCUCAUAAACACACAGCAGCAAACAAACAAUGUGGUUUCCUGAAUGCAGAGAGAUUCUGUACUUCCUGAAAGAGCAGACAUCCCUGUGGACUGGAGACAUUUUACAGCCUCAUGCAAAUCUAAUCUAAAUCUAAUCUUCCACACCAGGAACCUGUUCAUAGACAGUUUUACUGUGAAAACCUGAUUGACCUGCUCCACUAGUCCAUGUUGUAGAGAGAGGAGGGUUUUACUCUGCAAAGUAAACCAGAUAACUUAGUCAACCUGCCUGUGCUAACAGUGGGUGUAUUUGCCUGUUGUAAACACAGUUAUGUUCCGUUGCUUGUUCACACUUUGGGUGUUAGAAAAUGACGUUCACGUGUGAGCUGUUGUGAACGCAGAAGCUUCCUGUUGCUUCUAAGAAUAAAGUGGAGUCAUGCUGAAAACAA